AUGGUCGAAGUAUCAUCUCGAAACAUCAUAGCUGGUCUAUCAGGCUACCUUAUCCCACCUCUUCUCCCAAUUCCAAUCCUUCGUCUCGUACCUAUAAUCUCGUCAACCGUAUCCCUCCAAUGGGCAGUAGACGAAUAUCAGUUCCUAUCUUCAUGGCAACCCCACACAUACCGUGAACAGGCGAAUGAGUUACUACCAAAAUGGUUCAGAGUUUGGGGAUCUAAAAGUACUUUGGUACUAUUCUCUUCGUUCCCUUGGUCAGCUGGUGCAGGACUCACAAACCUCUUCACCCUGCGAAAUACACCAUGGGUACCGGGUGGAGCCAAGGUGUAUUAUGCUUUAGGUGUUGGGUUGGCAUUUGGACAUAUGAUAUUCGGACCUAAAGCCCUAGGAUUGUUGGAAAAGAUAAGAAAUGGUGAACCCGCUGGUAGACCCACCGAAACUCUGGCGGAAUGGUUGAAGAUGCAUGUUUUUAGGACCUUCGUGACGGAUUUACCGGCCGUGGUGUGUUUCUUGUUGGCGGGGGUGAAAGCUUGCCAGGGGGAAUAUUAG